CUAAAGAGCCUUCAAAAUACUAUAGAGAGCCUUCUGUGGCUGUUUUCUCUUCCCCCUUGAACUUGGUUCAGCAGAGCAGAGGGAUCCGUCAUCUGGCCUACAUGCUCACCACUCUCGGGAAGGGGACAAAAUGAAACCUCUCACUUGCUUCCUGGUGCUGCUCUUUGCUUCGGAAACAUGGGGCCUUGAUUUAAUCACAGAGGAUCUGGAUGAGCUGGUUGACUUGGAGAUUGAUGGAUUCUUUUCGCGGUCCACUCGGCGAAACGGCAGAUACCAGAGAAGCACCUCCAACAACGACGACUCGGGAGAAUCGGUGGGAGGCGAUGACAGCAUACUCCUCCAUAGCUACAAGAUCCAAUCCACCAUCACAUCUCGCUUGGCCAACACGAUGGUGCAGAGCAAAGUGGAGAACAAAGCUGGGCAUUCACAGAACCUGGUCUUUGAUGUCCAGAUCCCCAAAGGGGCCUUCAUUCACAACUUUACCAUGAAUGUCAACGGGAUCACAUUCACGAGUUCGGUUAAAGAAAAAUCUGCAGCCAGAAGCCAAUAUGCACAAGCCAGAGCUAGAGGCAAAGCUGCAGGAAUAUUGAGGAGCAAUGCCCUUGACAUGGAGAACUUCAAAGCGGAACUCAAUGUGCCAGGAGGAACCAAAGUCCAGUUUGAAAUCCAUUACCAAGAGCCGAUUCGGAGGAGAUUAUCAACUUAUGAGCUUAUUAUCCCUGUGCAGCCCGGCAGGCUGGCCAAACACUUGGAGGUGGACAUUCGCAUCAUUGAACCCCAGGGGAUUCAUUUCAUUCACGUUCCCAAUUCGCUCGGAGACCAGUUUGAAAACAUUGCAACCAUCUCCAAAGGAGAGAAAAAGGCUCAUGUAUCCUUCAAACCGACAGUGGUACAGCAACGGAAGUGCCCCACCUGUUCCUCUACAGCAGUCGAUGGCAAUUUUGUGGUCACAUAUGACGUCAACAGAGAUAGCAAAGCUGGCGAACUAGAGAUCUUCAAUGGGUAUUUUAUCCAUUACUUUGCUCCUGAAAAUCUGGAUCCUCUGCCAAAAAACAUCCUCUUUGUUAUUGAUGUCAGCGGUUCAAUGUGGGGAUUGAAAAUGAAGCAGACUGUUGAAGCCAUGAAGACCAUACUGGGGGAUCUCCGCUCCGAUGACCAAUUUUCUGUCCUUGACUUCAACCACAACGUCCGGUGUUGGAGAGACAGCUUAGUGCAAGCCUCCAGAUCUCAGACAGAUGCUGCAAAGAAGUACAUUGAGGGAAUCCAUCCCAAUGGAGGAACAAACAUUAAUGAUGCUCUCCUCCGAGCCAUCUUUAUUUUAAAUGAAGCCAAAAAUCUGGGAAUGUUGGAUGCCAACUCCGUGUCCAUGAUCGUGCUGGUUUCAGAUGGAGAUCCUACUGUUGGAGAACUUAAGCUGCCUACAAUUCAGAAGAAUGUGAAGAAGAGAAUUCAGGAUGAUAUCUCUUUGUUCUGCCUUGGUAUUGGAUUUGAUGUGGAUUAUGAUUUCCUAAAAAGACUGGCUCAUGAAAACCACGGAGCUGCACAAAGGAUUUUCGGGAACCAGGAGACCUCAUCUCAGAUGAAGAAAUUCUACAAUCAAGUCUCUACCCCUCUUCUGAAAAAUCUGGAGUUCAACUACCCCCAGGGAUUGGUAUCUGACAUCACCCACAACACUUUCCACAACUACUUUGGAGGGUCGGAGAUUGUGGUGGCAGGAAAAGUUGACACGGAAAACGUGCAACAUUUGCAGAGUGUGAUCACAGCCACUGCCUCCAAUGCACAAUUAGUCUUGGAGACCCUGGCAGAUGUCGAAGGACUGGAUGAGUUCCUGAGCCAAGAUGUGCAUGCAGACCCCAAAUUCACUGAAAGGUUGUGGGCCUAUAUUACCAUCAACCAGCUGAUGGCUGAGAGAAACCAGGCCCCUACGGCUGCCCUAAAAAGGAAUAUCACGAAGAGAAUUUUGCAGAUGUCUUUGGACCAUCACAUCGUAACCCCGUACAUGGCUAUGUUGAUUGAGAGCCCAAAUGGAGAUGAGCUGAUGCUGGCUGACUCGCCCCAAGACCGCAAGAGGACUUGCUGCCCAGGUGCUUUAGCUGUUGGCCAACCCAAGCCUGAAAGUACCAUCCCAUCUUGGGCCAAACCCACAUCAAAGACAAAGGAUGCAUUGUCUCUUGUCAUGGGGCCAACUGCAUCAGCCAUACAUGCUGGAUCCUUAGUUAUUGGCCAAGCACCGACUGACAAUUCCAUCCCAUCUUGGGUGAAGCCCACACCGAAACCAGGGGGUCCAUUAGCUGUGGUCAUGGGUCCAACUAUUUCUGCUAUACAUGCAGGUCCUUUAAUUUUAGGCCAGUCCAAGCCUGGCAAUUCUACCUCAUCUUUGGACACAAAGAAGCCAGCUCACAGUGGGAUACAUGCAGUGGAUAAUGAUCCCCAUUUCAUCAUCAACCUGCCAAGGCAACAUAAGAAUAUCUGCUUCAAUAUAGAUUCCGAACCUGGAGCAAUCCUGAAUUUAAUUUCAGAUGCCAAGUCUGGGAUUGUUGUUAAUGGGCAGCUCGUUGGGGCCAAGAAGCCAUUGAAUAAUAAACUGAACACGUACUUUGGCAAGAUUGGGUUUAAUUUUGAAAGCAAAGGCUUAAAGCUCGAAGUCAGCACUGAGGCCAUCACCCUGAAGGACAGCUCUUCCAGCACAUCCCUUUCCUGGUCUGACACAGGGAGCCUCAUUCGGAGGAGACUCCUAGUCUCUGUGAAGAAAGACAGCAAGGUCAACAUCACUGUUGACGGAGACCUGUCCUUCCUGGUGUUGCUUCACCGCGUGUGGAAGAAGCAUCCGGUCAAUGUCAACUUCCUGGGAAUCUACGUACCUCCUGCAAACAACUUCUCAUCCAACGUGCACGGCCUAAUUGGGCAGUUCGCUCUUGAACCAGACGUACAAAUCUACAAUGAGCGGCCUGGCCAAGAUCCGGGGAAAUCUGAAGCUACCAUGGUAGUGAAAGGCCACAAGCUCACUGUCACCAGAGGUCUGCAAAAAGAUUUCCGCCUGGAUCGCGUGUUUGGAACUGGCGUUCAUUGCUGGUUUGUGCAUAACAACGGGAAAGGUUUCCUUGACGGGCAUUACAGAGAUUACCUGGUCCCCACUUUAUACAGCUAUCCAAAGCAUCCUUGAGGGGGUGGGGCGGGCUUAAAGCAGGGGGAAGAAAAAGCCAGCGUCUGAUGAGCCAAGGCUUUUUUCUCCAGCCAGCCCUGCAGCGAUUUACUUGUGAACCCGGUGAAACCUUUUCCAAGGGAAAAGCCUUGGCAAGCUAGACGUGGCCUGCAGAUCUUGCACUGCCUGCCCCAGCACAACAAAUCCUUCUUUUCCCUGAAAACGGCCAACUUCUCCGCCAGCCAGGGUGGUUCAUAUCCCUUCUUGAUGCCGUUGACAGAAUGCUGCUCCCUUGGAACAGGGAAGCAGAAAAACCAGUGACAUACAAUGCAGAGUUUGAAAAUAAAGCCAAGGGAGGCUGGCCAUGCAAUAUAUAGGAAGAUUUCUUCUGGUAGGGCAAAUACCAUGUUUUUCAAAUAGAAUAAAAAGCUUUCCUUUUGGGA